UCCCACGUAUCUCCUCUCCUAGUGGCCUGUAUACACUAUAUACCAAAUUCCUUAUUAGUUAACCCAAGAAAUAUGGAAGGCAGAGGUUUAAGAGGAGGCUUCACCGCCGAUGCUUCUCCGCUUCACACGUCUCAACCACUCCGGCGGACGGCAUUCAACCGCCUAUUCGCGGUUGUUUACUUCUCAGCCGUCAUACCUCUACUCUACCGCCAUGUCCAAAACCUAUCUCUCUACCCCACAACAACCAGCUUCCUCUCUUUCUCCAUCACCCUUUCUUUGUUCAUCUCCGACCUUGUUCUCGCCUUCAUGUGGGCCACCGCUCAAGCUUUCCGGAUGUCACCGAUCCGUCGUAGAGAGUUCCCUGAAAACCUGAGAAGAAUAAUCAAAGACGGAGAUCAUGUAGGAUUAGACGUGUUCAUAUGCACGGCGGAUCCGCACAAGGAGCCGCCGAUGAAUGUGGUGAACACGGCGUUGUCGCUGAUGGCUUACGAUUAUCCGGCGGAUAAGAUAUCGGUGUACGUUUCGGACGACGGAGGGUCGGCUUUGACUCUCUUUGCUUUCAUGGAGGCCGCUGAGUUUGCGAGUCAUUGGCUACCAUUUUGCAGGGACAACAAUAUAAUGGAAAGGAGCCCUCAAGCAUAUUUUGAAGCUAAUUAUCAUUCUUCUACCCCUCAGUUGGACAAGAUUAAGAUGAUGUACGAGGACAUGAAAGUGAAGGUGGAACAAGUAGUGGAAAAAGGUGAAAUUAUCGAUGAUUACAUCACUGAUGAUCAACGACGUCGAGCUUUUAAUCAAUGGGCCAAAGGCUUUACUCGAACGGAUCACCCCACCGUCAUUCAGAUCAUCUUAGAUAAGAGCAAAGACAAAGACAUCUCAGGCCAUUCUUUGCCAAAUCUAAUCUACGUUUCCAGGCAGAAGAGCAAGGCUUCACCCCACCACUUCAAAGCCGGAGCUCUUAAUGUUUUGCUGCGUGUGUCGGCUGUUAUGACAAAUUCACCCAUCAUCUUAACACAAGAUUGCGACAUGUACUCCAAUGAUCCUCGAACACCUCUUCGUGUGUUGUGCUAUUUAUCGGACCCUGAGAUGAAAUCGAAUUUGGCAUUCGUUCAGUUUCCCCAACGAUUUCAUGGCCUUAACGAGGAUGAUAUUUAUGCUUCUGAGUAUAAACGCCUCUUCAAGAUCAAUCCCUCGGGUUUUGAUGGGCUGAAAGGUCCCAAUUACGUCGGAUCAGGGUGCUUCUUCGCUCGACGAGCUUUUUUCGGUGGUCCGUCGACUCCGGUAACACCCGAAAUAUCGGAACUCAACCCGGAUCAUGCAGUGAACAAGGCGAUUAGAUCGGAAGAGAUUAUGACAUUGGCACUCCAUGUUGCUGGUUGCAACUAUGAGAACCAAACCAAAUGGGGCUCUAAGAUGGGAUUCAGAUAUGGAUCAUUGGUUGAGGAUUUUUACACAGGCUAUAGGCUUCAAUGUGAAGGAUGGAAGAGCAUAUUUUGCAACCCUGAAAGGUCUGCAUUUCUAGGUGAUGUCCCAAUCACCCUCGUUGAUGUACUUGGCCAAUGCAAGAGAUGGUGCAUUGGAUUAUUUGAAGUAACAUUCUCCAAAUACAACACUCUCAUCUAUGGUUCUCAAUCCAUGGGAGUUCUGAUGAGUCUAGCUUAUUCUCACUACGCAUUUUGGCCCAUCUGGUGCAUUCCGGUCAUCAUCUAUUGUUUCCUCCCUUCGUUAGCACUCGUCAACCGAGUUAGCGUCUUCCCGAAUGCAUUGAACCCGUGGUUUUUCCUCUACGUUUUACUUGUCCUCGGUGCAUACGGGCAGGACUUGUUCGAUUUCGUCUCGGACGGAGGCACGGUCAGACGGUGGUGGAAUGCUCAAAGGUUGUGGAUGAUAAGGGGACUCACAUGCUACUUGUUUGGUUCAAUCGAGUACAUGUUGAAAUCAAUCGGGGUUUCACCACAUGGGUUUAGCCUAACGAGCAAGGUGCUUGAUGAUGCACAAAGCAAGAGAUAUGGGCAAGGGGUUUUCGAGUUUGGGGUCCCAUCACCAUUGUUUGUGCCCUUAACCAUGGCCGCAAUAAUCAACUUCUUUUCAUUCAUAUUGGGAUUGGCUGGUUUUUUGAGAGGCAGCACAAUGAAAGGCCUAGGCUUGCAGGUGAUUUUGAGUGGUUUCAUUGUCUUGAAUUGCCUACCAGUGUAUGGAGCCAUUGCUUUGAGGAAUGACGCAGGAAAAAUGGCAACAAAAAUUAUCGUCACUUCAACAUUUGCGUCACUCGCUCUUUAUUAUAUCUCUUCGCUCUUUAUCAUUUAAAACUUGAUGUACUUGCUUACCUUCGACAAUCAAAGACACCAUCCAUUAUCAGCCAUCUAUUUGUUUUAGAUUCAAUUUAGACUUGUCUUAUAU